CUCUUCCACCUUGUGGCGCUGGGUCACUCUGAACGUCGGACAACAUGCUGCUGAGGAGCUGCCGCAUCGUCUGGAUUCUGCUUUGGGCCACCGCUGCCGCCGCAGUGUUUGUAGAGAAGCACGAGGCCAACAAGGUGCUGCAGAGAUGGCGGCGAGCGAACAGCGGCUUCCUGGAGGAGUUAAAACAAGGAAACCUGGAGAGGGAAUGCCUGGAGGAGAUCUGCGACUACGAAGAGGCUCGAGAGGUUUUCGAAGACGACGAUCAGACGGUCAGUCGGUCGCCACCUGAAUUUCAAGGGAUGCUUGUUUGUAUGAAACUGUGUUCUAGGUUCAGAGUCCUAAAAAGUCAAACUCUUCCUCGGUCAUUAUUACUCAGAAACUGGAAAACAAUGUGUCAUGAAAUAACUGUUUUUUGUUUGUUUCCUCAGAGGCAGUUCUGGCUGAGGUAUCACUAUCGUGACCCCUGUCUGGUCAACCCAUGUCAUAACAACGGGACAUGCGUCUACGUGGGGACCACAUACGAAUGUCAGUGUCCUGAGGGAUUUGAAGGACGAUACUGUCAGACAGUGUUUGAAGACUCGCUUAAGUGCCUUUACCAGAAUGGAUACUGUGAGCAUUUCUGUGACGGCUCCGGAGAAAGACGCAGGUGUUCCUGCGCUGACGGAUACAAACUGGCAGAGGACGGACGACAGUGUUUCGCUCAGGUGGAGUAUCCAUGUGGUCAGCUGGCUGCACAGGAAAAAGGCCUGAACCAGAGUAUUGUGGGUCAGACCAGACUGGUGGGAGCCAACCACUGUCCCGAAGGACAGUGUCCCUGGCAGGUUCUGGUUCAGUUAAAUGGGAACAGUUACUGUGGGGGUGUUCUGAUCAAUCCAGACUGGGUCGUCACUGCAGCCCACUGUGUCCACGGCAACGAACCCCAAAACCUCACCGUGGUGGCAGGGGAACAUAACCUGGACAUAGAAGAGGGCACGGAACAGGAGAUACCCGUUUCCAUGGCGAUUGCCCAUGAAAGUUACGAGCCGGCAACGGGUGACAGCGACGUCGCCCUGCUGCGGUUGAGCCGACCCGUCACCUUGAACCGUCACAUCGUCCCCAUCUGCUUGCCCACCAAAGACUUUGCAGACCGGGAGCUCUUGGUGGUCCGCUACCACACCGUGUCCGGCUGGGGCAAGAGGACCACCGGGGGCAACGCUGAGACCCCCGGGGCCCCGUCCAGAGCUCCGGUCUCCCCCAUCCUCCGCAAAAUGUCUGUCCCCAUCCUCCAGAACUCCCAGUGCUCCCAAAGAGCCCAUUUCAACUUCACCAACAACAUGCUGUGUGCCGGGUACCUGGAGGGUCAUGUGGUGAGUUGCCACGGCGACGACGGCAGCCCGCUGGUCACGCUGUUCGGCUCCACCCACUUCCUGACGGGCGUGGUCGGCUGGGGGCGGGGCUGUUCACACCCCGGGUAUUAUGGGGUGUACGCCAACAUGGCCAACUUUGUGGACUGGGUAGAGGGCACCGUGAAAGACGCGCCCUCAUUGGCUGGAUCAGCUGCUGAUGGUUUGAACCUCGUCAUCUCACAGUUCAAUGCCCUGUCUACCACCCCUCCUCUCUCCACAGUCAGACUCCAUUACUUCCACCCAGCACACUUUCACAGGUUUUUCCAGUCGAGCUCACCAUCACCACCGUCCGGGGCCAUGUUUCAGCGACUGUCCUUCGGGCUCCUGCUGCUCCACCUGGCCGCCGCCGACGUCUUCUUGGACAACAAAGCGGCCAAUCAGGUUCUGACCCGGCGGAGACGAGCCAACAGCUUUUUAGAGGAGGUCAAACAAGGCAACAUGGAGAGGGAAUGCGUGGAGGAGCGCUGCAGCUGGGAGGAGGCGCGAGAGAUCUACGAAAAUGAAAAGCAAACUAACGAAUUCUGGGCCAUAUACAUCGAUGGCGACGCGUGCGAGUCGUUGCCCUGUGUUCACGGAGGACAUUGCAAAGACGGGGUCGGCGGCUACAGCUGCUACUGCCCGACCGGGUACCAGGGCUUCAACUGUGAAAUUGUUAUUCCUGCGCUCUGUGAGGCCAAAAAUGGCGGCUGCGAACAUUUCUGCAGUGUGGACAACGGAAUCACUAUGUGCUCCUGUGCUGACGGAUAUUUCCUUGCAUCAGAUGAUAAAUCCUGCAACUCUAACCAGCCCUUCAAGUGUGGUGCCAUCGUGACGGAAAACAUCCGGACUGUUUUCAGGUACGAGCGACAGAACACAACAUUGGGAAACAGCACUGGCUUGAACACGACGGACCUCAACGCCAACUCCACUGAGCAGGAGUCCUCACUUUCUGGAAACGGCGAAACUUUGCAAGAAAAAGUAGUUUCUAAGGAAAUGGAAGGUAUGGUCCGUAUCGUCAACGGAGAUGACUGUCCACCGGGACAAUGUCCAUGGCAGGCUCUCCUCGUGAACGAGGAGGAAAGAGGGUUCUGCGGAGGGACAAUCAUCAACGAAUACAUCAUCAUGACCGCCGCCCACUGCAUGAACCAAUCGCGCUACUUCUACAUCAAGCUCGGUGAGUUUGACAUCUUGGUGGAUGACGGUAACGAGGCUACCUACCUCGUUGAAACUAUUUUGACCCACCAUCACUACAGACCGGACACCUACGCCAAUGACAUCGCACUCAUCAAACUAACUAAGCCCAUCAAGUUCACCAGGUUCAUCCUGCCGGCCUGCAUACCUGAGCCUGAGUUUGCUGAAAAGGUCCUGAUGCGGCAGCCGGACGGCAUGGUCAGUGGUUUCGGCCGUCUCGGUGAGGGCCGGCAGCCGUCCAACAUCUUGCAGCGCCUCACGUUGCCCUACGUGGAUCGGCUCACCUGCAUCGAAUCCACCCAAUGGCGCAUCUCCCCCCGCAUGUUCUGCGCCGGCUACGACAAAGCACCCAAAGACGCGUGCCAAGGUGACAGCGGUGGGCCGCACGUCACCCGCUACCGCAACACCUACUUCGUCACCGGCAUUGUGAGCUGGGGUGAAGGCUGCGCACGCAAAGGCAAAUACGGCAUCUACACCCAGGUGUCCAAGUACAUCCGCUGGAUCCGCGAAGGCAUCAGGAAACUGAUGCUCAAAGAGAAGCACGGCAGCAGGGCGAAGAGGCACCACGGCCCCAUCGAGAGGCUGCGUCUGUAAGACGGCGGCCGCCGGACUUCCACGCUUCCUCAGAGAUGGCGGCUGAGCUCCACCGCGCAGAGAUCAGCCGUUCUUCGUGCCUCUCGUGUAGUCAUCGAUUUUACGUUUGAGACUGUGACUAAACAGUCACAUUUCAGCCACAGAAACUCGGAAAAACAUUUGACCAUUUGACAACACUUACCCCUGUUUUACAGACGUUACCGAAAAGUUUAAAGCUGUAUUCAUGAAUUUUUUUGUUCCCUCGGGGGCAGCAGAUCAAGAAUAACACCUCACUGUAGAGAGUAGUUGUGUCUGACUUAAAAUAAAAAACAUUCUGCAGAGACAAUGUCUGUCUUCAUGUCUGAUUCCUGAGCUGAAUUUGAAGCAAAUAAAGAAAUAACACAACUACA